CCAAGCUGAGUGGUCGUACCUCGCCAGAGCACCGGCAUACAAUCAAGCAAAACCGCCGAUAAUUAUUCACCACAGACUACUAGCCCACAGAACCGCUCACCACAACAUCCCCGCAAGACAAGCAAUCGGCAGAUGCCUUUUGUGUUCGGGCAGAAAAGCUUGUGGCAGAGCCGAAGCCUACACCAGCCUCAGCUGCACAGACAGGCAACCGCUACAUGCGUUCUGGCCGCCCGAGAUCCCAGCACAAUCCCAGCCCUUCGAGCACAACCGGAAGAGAGAGACAGGCACCAUGGGACGCAGAUCACAGCAGUUGCCUGCAGGUACAGGUCACAACAUCCCUGACAUAGGCACUAUGCUGCAGCACCCAACAACCCAAGCAGAGGUCCACAAAAUG